CUCAAAUUUAACUAAUGAGAAAUUUACUUUUUUGAAUAAACCACUCAGAUUAAAUAGGAAGAGCUCGAAACGUUUAAAAUCUUAUUUUAUGAGUCUGCUUUCAUUUUAAGGAAUUGAUUUUUCUGCAUACGAUAGUUAAAACUAUGCGUUUAGCAAUUCCUAUACUGGUUUUCUUAUUUGUAUGGGUACAUGCUGAGAAAAGGGUAGCUAGGCAGACACAGCCAAACACAAUUUAUCUAGCGGGAGACAAGGGAUCUAAAGGCAUAAAGGGUGAUAAGGGUAUAUUUGGGGAUAGAGGAGAUCGUGGUCCAAAUGGAAUAAUAGGAGAUAAGGGAGAACCUGGAAAAAAUGGGCGUAAAGGAACUCGUGGUGAACCAGGGUUAAUGGGACCACCAGGUGCAGGAAGUGCAGUAGGAGGAUUAGGGUCAAAUAAAAGGCCAGAUCCUGAAGCAGCUCGUGUUGGUAUUGUUGGAGAAUUUUAUGGUUCUGCAACAACAUUUGAUUACCAGCCUGGACCAGAAGGACCACAAGGACAAACUGGAAAUAUUGGGGAAGCUGGACCUAAGGGUAAUCAAGGUCUAGUUGGAUUAAAAGGAGUUAUUGGACUUCCAGGUUUAUUAGGAGAAUAUGGGCCAAGAGGUGAACCUGGAGAUCCUGGUGUUGAUGGACUGAAGGGUGCACGGGGUGAACCUGGCAUUAAGGGGAAUCCUGGUAAAGGUGGAAAUAUAGGUCAUCAAGGUAUUCAAGGUAAUCAAGGACCAUUUGGUUUCAAAGGUGAAGAGGGGUCAAAAGGUUUACAAGGUGAUGAAGGUGACCAAGGAAGGACUGGAGAAAAGGGAUACAAAGGUGACAAGGGGGAUCAAGGCGAACAAGGAGAAAUGGGAUUUCAAGGACAAAUGGGAAUUGUUGGUCCAGACGGACCAACUGGUCCAGUUGGUCCCCGUGGUCUUGAUGGUGCUAGAGGAAGUAAAGGUGAUGAUGGCCCAGUAGGUCUUAAAGGCUCCCCCGGUAUACGUGGAGCACAAGGAAGCAAAGGUCAGUCUGGUGAACAGGGAGAGCGUGGUGCAAAAGGAAUUAAUGGAGAUGCUGGUCCAGUUGGUGAAGAUGGCUCUCCUGGACCAAAAGGUUUUGAUGGAGAUCAGGGUAAACCUGGUACCCCAGGUGCAAAAGGAGCUAUAGGAGAUGUAGGACCUCAAGGUCUACCUGGACCUCAAGGGCAGAUAGGGGAGCGUGGUAGUCAAGGAAUUCAAGGAGAGAUUGGUACUGUAGGAAAAAGAGGAGAUACAGGGCAACAGGGACCUCAAGGAAGUAUUGGUCCAAAAGGUGAAGUAGGUGAUCCCGGACUGCAAGGAGCAAUUGGUCCUUCAGGUAAACAAGGUUUAGAAGGUAAAGUUGGUCCAACUGGUCCAAGAGGAGAAGUUGGAGCUCCUGGUGUACAAGGUCCACAGGGACAACCUGGAGUACCAGGAUUUCCUGGGCAAGAAGGAGCAAAAGGUAACCUUGGAGAAACAGGUUUAACUGGCCCUGAAGGCAAUAAAGGUGAAAAAGGUUUUAAAGGUUCAGCAGGAGAUAGAGGAUUAACAGGAGAGCCAGGCACUGCUGGUCAACCUGGAGCAACUGGGCGUGAUGGAAAAACUGGGCCAUCUGGACUCCAUGGUAAAAAUGGAGAUACUGGUCUACCAGGAUUGCCUGGUAUGCAAGGUGUAGCCGGUAGUACUGGAGUAGUUGGAAUGCCAGGAGAAAUGGGUGAUAAUGGAGAUUUGGGAGCACCUGGUUUGCAAGGACCUAAAGGAGUGCAGGGUGCAACUGGUGCUACAGGAGAAAAAGGAGUUUCAGGACCUAUUGGAGUUCCAGGUAGACGUGGUGACACUGGAGCUGAAGGCCCACAAGGAUCAACAGGAAUACAGGGACCUCCUGGCCAACCUGGAGCAGCAGGAACAGAUGGCAAAGAUGGAAACCCUGGAGACAAAGGAGAACAGGGAAAACCUGGACCUACUGGAAAUCGAGGUUAUCCAGGCAUUGCUGGAAAAAUUGGUGCAACUGGUACUACUGGAUUACAAGGGCCAAGAGGGGAAACUGGUGCACCUGGAGCUCCUGGAAGUUCUGGAGAUAUUGGUCUAGUUGGACCAAAGGGAUCAUCAGGCAAUGUUGGAUUGCCCGGAAUGAGAGGAAAACAAGGUAGUAAGGGAAAUACAGGAUCAAAAGGUAGCCAAGGCAAACAAGGAUUAAAGGGAGCUGCUGGAAAAGAUGGUGCAGUUGGAGAAAUGGGACCAUCUGGAAUAACAGGACCACCUGGUCCCUUAGGUAAAAGAGGAGAACCUGGAGAAGAUGGAGCACCAGGUUUACCUGGAUUAGAUGGAGCUCAAGGACCUCAUGGUGAAGAUGGUCAACCAGGGCAGCCAGGGCAACCUGGUGUGCAAGGGCUACGUGGUUUACCAGGAGAGCCUGGGCCAAGAGGUCCAACAGGUCCAGUAGGUGAUCGUGGUGAGCCAGGAGAAAGUGGUCCAGUUGGUGAGGAUGGAGCUCAGGGAACAGCUGGAGCAUUAGGAGAAUCUGGUUCUAAAGGAGGAACUGGUGAAAUUGGUUUGCCUGGCCCUACAGGGCCACAAGGAUUGCAAGGUCCAAAUGGUGAAGUAGGUCCUGUAGGACAACCUGGGUUAGUAGGAAGAGAUGGAAAUGCUGGUCAACCAGGACCAAGGGGAAUUGAUGGUGAUCCUGGAAAUCCUGGAAAUCCUGGAGCAAGUGGCGACCAAGGCCCUCCAGGACAUGAUGGAAAAGAUGGUGAAAGAGGAAAACCAGGAAAAGAGGGUGAUAAAGGUUUUGUUGGAACUCAAGGAGCUGUUGGCAUGAGAGGAGAACAAGGUCCUCCUGGUUUACAAGGGAGAAAUGGUAGACCUGGACAGAUUGGAUCAAAAGGUUUUCCUGGCCUAAAUGGUAAAGAUGGUUUAAAUGGAAAGCCUGGUGAUAAAGGUUUCCCUGGUACUGAUGGAAUGAGAGGAUUACAAGGGAUUCAAGGAAAAGAUGGCACUGAUGGAUUACCUGGAAAAGAUGGAGGAAAAGGUGAGAUAGGUCCCAUGGGCUAUCCAGGAAGUCAAGGAGUGCAAGGUCCAAUGGGUGAACAAGGAGAUAUUGGUGAGCCCGGAGAACCUGGUAUAUUAGGACAAGAUGGACCAAAAGGUUCAGCAGGACAACAAGGAAAUCGUGGAGAAGAUGGAAAACAAGGAGAUAAAGGGGAAUCAGGAGUACCGGGAGAAAGUGGCAAGCAAGGAGAAGCAGGCGAAGCUGGUGAGCGUGGUAGUAAAGGUUUAACAGGAAAUACUGGUAUAUCUGGCCCACCAGGUGAUGAGGGUGAAAAAGGUGAUGAUGGCGAACAAGGUUUGCCUGGACCCAUAGGACCUCAAGGACCCCGUGGUUCAAUAGGUCCAGACGGCCCUGUUGGACGGAAUGGAUCAAAAGGUGAUGUUGGACAUCCUGGACCUGCAGGUAGUCGAGGAGAACCUGGAAUACGUGGAGAUGUUGGAAAUGCAGGUCAGCCUGGUUUAGUUGGAAGUGAGGGACCUCCUGGACCACAAGGAGAAGUAUUUGGUCUUUCUGGUGCACUUGCCCAAUUCUUUGCAUCUGGAGGUUUUGGAACUAAAGGACCAGAAAGUUCCUACCAACAUGACUAUAACCAAUACUAUCAAAACUACUUUCAAGGUUACAACCAACACCAGUACUACCAAGGUGGCAAGAAAUCCAAAGUAGAUGAAAUCAUUAAACGAAAUAUUGAUGGAUUUGAUACCAUGUAUAGAGUUUUUAAAACAGCCGACAAAGUAUUUUUGGGAGGCGAUGGAACUAGAGACAAUCCGGCUAGAUCCUGUUUAGAAUUAUUCCAAUGGCAUUUAGGGGCUAAUACUGGUGACUAUUGGAUAGAUCCUAAUGAAGGCUCACCUGAUGAUUCUGUUUUAGUGCAUUGCAAUAAAUUGACUAAUGAAACAUGCGUGUAUUCUAAAAAUACUCAGAUUUCUAAGAACAACUACUUUAAGGAUAACACUGACAGCUAUAAAUGGCUUAUGACAGAAGUUGCUAAUAAUUUUGAUUAUGCAAUGGAAACACCUCAAAUGAAAAUUCUAAGUUUGCUUUCAACUACCGUUCGACAAACAAUAACUUUUCACUGUAAGAACAUUCCUCUUCUGCGUGGAGCUAAAAAUACUAUCAAAUUCAAGUUGGAUAAUGGCGCAAUUUAUCAUAAGAAAAUGAGAGGAGUUGUUUUAAAAGUUAUUACCGAUGAUUGCACGGUUGAAAAUAAAUGGCAGAAGUUAGUGCUGGAACUUUCUACAUCUAAAAACGAAAUUUUACCCGUUAUUGAUUUGGGGGUUCAUGGUAAUGGCAUAACAUCAUCAGAAAUCGGUGUUGAUAUUGGACCAGCUUGCUUCUCAUAAAAAAAGUUUCAUAGUUAAUGUAGUCAAAACAUUUAGAAAGAACGCUAUAUAAUAUAAACGUUAGAUCACUAGGUGUUGAAUUUUUUUAUUAGUAUUAUCUUUUAUAUUAUUUA